GUUUGAUUGGUUGGCUGGCUUUGGAUGCCUUCACAGAGGGAAUCACGCUACACCUGACACCUGAAGUGACCUUCACAAUGACGAUGGAGAAAGAGCUCUUUGUGUCUGCACCCGGGAAAGUCAUUUUGCAUGGGGAGCAUGCCGUGGUACAUGGCAAGGUGGCUUUGGCGGUGAGUCUUAAUUUAAGAACAUUCCUUAGGAUAAGACCGCGCAACGAUAAUACAGUUUUUAUAAACUUACCAAAUAUCGGUACCAAGCUAAGAUGGGAUAUCUCUGAACUACAAUCACUUGUUCCUGCUUUCCAAGAUUCUGGAAAUGAACCCAUGAGCCCCAGUCCUGAGCAUCUGGACAUCCUGAAGACAUUUGCUAGAUUUCCAGAUGGGUCCAAGGAUGCUGAGAGCCUCGCUGUGCUGGCUUUUCUUUACCUGUACUUGUGUAUAUGUGGCAAAGAUUUACCAAGUAUGGAUAUAACCGUUUGGUCCCAGCUGCCCACCGGAGCCGGGUUGGGAUCGAGUGCUGCGUACUCUGUGUGUGUGGCCUCUGCCUUGCUAACAUUUAGCGGCAGAGUAGCUGACCCGUUGAAAGAAAGCGCCGAGACGUUAAGUUGGACAAGAACGGAUCUGGACAUUAUUAACAGCUGGGCUUUCCAAGGUGAAAAGGUCAUCCAUGGAAAUCCAUCAGGAGUUGAUAAUGCUGUAGGGACCUGGGGUGGUGUUUUACGAUAUCAAGCUGGGAAAAUAACCCCAUUGGUUAGGCUACCCAAGCUGCACAUUGUACUAACCAACACAAAGGUUCCCCGUAGCACGAAGGUGCUUGUGGCAGGAGUAAAAGACAAGUUGGUGAAGUUCCCGCGUAUCAUGGAGCCAGUCCUAUGCUCCAUUGAUGCCAUCUCUCAGGAGUGCCAGCAGGUCCUAGAACAUAUGGCUACAAGGUUGUCAAUGGAUCAUUAUUCUAUAUUGGAGGAACUGAUUGACAUCAACCAACACCAUUUAAAUGUGAUAGGUGUUGGGCAUCCUUCAUUGGACAGGGUGUGUCAGGUGACUGCAUCACAUGGCCUGCACAGUAAACUCACUGGCUCUGGAGGAGGAGGCUGUGCAAUAACUCUGCUUCGUCCUGAUGUGGAUCCUGCUGUGGUGGAAGCGGCCAAGCAAGAGCUUACAGCCUGUGGAUUCCAGUGCUGGGAAACCAUUAUAGGGGCCCCUGGUGUUUCUGUACACUCGCCCUCUUCCCUGACAGAGAAUAUAUUACAAGCUUUCCUAGAUGAGUAAACCUUCAGCACACGGAUGAUCCUAUUAGUGGAACAGUGGAUCUGGAAUACAUCAAUGCAAAAUGACAUCAAUGUUUCUACAGUGUUCAGGAAAAAGACGACGAGUAUUUUAAAAUAAUGCUCGUGGUCAACUUUGCUUGUUGCCGGAGCCGGAGAGAAUGUGCCAAGCGUUUGAGGCUACUAAUUACUGCCAUUGACAGUGAGAUUAAUGUGGAGCGAUUCCCUUUCUAAAUAAA